GCGUUUUGUUGCGCGCGACCUGCACCGCUCCGCGUGUUUACAAUCAAAAUGUCCUCUUGAAAGAGCCAUUAGGCAUAGCUUUGUGCCAGUGUGUGGACGCGUGAGCUGUAGGAGAGAAAAAUUUCUGUAUGUUUCCUUUGUUUUUUCUACUCAGUCACGUUUUACACGGCUUUGUGCGGUCCUACUUCCUCGCAUUGAAAAUCUAGUGAAGUGUGGGUGUAUUUAAACGCUCGCGGGCCAAUACUAAUAAAUAAUUUACCUAACGUCUCGAUUUGGAAAAACGUAUUUCCAAGAUAGUGCGAUAAAAUUGGCGUUUAAAUCUUCGCCGGAUAUGUCUACGUCCAACGAUUCCCUCAGUAGUAGCUUCAAUCGUUCAACCGAUGUCUCGUCGAGCAGCAACAAUAGUUCAACGUCGACGUCGCCGAGAUUAAAUAAGAAACACGUCAAAGACGUAACUUCUGAUACUGGACUUUUUGUUCCAAGAGAUUCCAUAGAUGUUUUGAAUGAAUUAAAACCUGGAUUGGUUUUUAUUACCAGGCCAAGUUUGGAUGGUAAAAUAAAUGCUUAUGUUGAGGUUGAUGGUUCAACUUAUAUGGGAAUAGGAAAAUCAGAGUCUCUUGCAAAACAGGCAGCAACAGAAAAUGCACUGAAAGAUUUUUUUGUCGAUACAAUUAUAUCUUCCAUGACCAAUGAUAAUAAUGAUUAUAUUCUGUGCAACACAGCAGAGUGGCAGUUACUAGGCAGUUUUGCAAUGUUUAAGCUCAUUGAAGAAUGGUUACUGUAUUAUGCAUCACGAAGUUCGUGCAAAGAUAAUACUAAAACUGAUUAUGAGUCACCUUUGAAGCAUGAGGAAAACAAAAAUUCUCAAUCUAGAGCUACCAGUACACCAAAAAUUAAAGAUGAUGCAAGACAAAACCUGUGCAAGCCUGAAGCAACAGACAAAAAUGUACUGCCUCAGAAAACAAAUACAAUUGUUUUAUUGAAUUCAUUGUUGGGAACUAAUUUAGAAUUCCAAGACUUAAAAGUGAAUUCAAACGUUCCACCUUUUACGUUUUCAUUAAUUGUUGAUGGAAUAGAAUAUGUUGGAGAACCUGCAUCGUCAAAAAAGACUGCCAAGCAGAAUACAGCUAGAAAGGUUUUAAUGAGAAGAUAUGGCUACAAAUUUACAAAAUAAUCAGUAUCUUAUGUUUCGCUUAAAAGUUAGUGUAAAGUGAGUUUAGUUAACUUUGACUUAUCUGAAAGUCAAUGAAUUUAUUCUAUAUUUAUAUGUAUUGUUCACAAAUCUUUUCAUUUGUCCUUCAAGAGUAUAUUUUUCAAAAUGAAAUUACUAUUAUACUAUAUACUGCUUUGUCUAAUAUAUAUGUAUGUUUGCAACAAAUGCAGUUUUGACUUUAAAUUAAAUUAUUAUUUUUAGUAUAUAAUA